AUGCUCGCCCACCUGAACAGAGAAGGAGGAGGAAGGCAGCAGAGCUCGUUCUCAUCGAUGCUGAUGUCCGUUUUCUCGCGAGGCGAGGCGUCGGCGGAAGUGGGCGUGGGCAGCAACGUGGUGAAGCUCACAUUGAGCGAGGGCGGGCUCAAGACGGAGCGCGUCGAUGCCCAGAGUAAGAAUGUCACCAUCAACUACGGCCUCACCAAGAUCGAGUGGUACGCCGUCGACGACACCACCGGCGAGCUCCUAAUCCAGUACCACGAGUUCAACACCGAUGACAAGUACCAAGUGGCGUUCAGGUCGCCGCAGUACCGGGCCAUCUGGGACUGCUUCUGCUACUACCUCUGCCGCAAGGGCGAGAAGCUCGCGCGAUCACAGAAGGAGAAGGAGCUCCGCAAUCAUAUGGCUCAGGAAGAGGACACGAUCGCGCCGCCACUACCGAGCCCCGGAGGCUCGCCCGCCGUACCGCAGGCGCACCAGAACCGCCCCACCAGCGGCGACCACCACUACCACCAGCCGACCCACACAACCGCCUCGCCCUCGGUCGGUCGCAGUUCCCUGCGCAACGGCCCCAACGCCACCGCCACCAAGAAGAAGAUGCCGCCCGUCCACUUCUCGCCACGCAUCAGCAAGACCGACUCCCCCAACCUUGCCACGUCAUCUUCGACAUCGCCGCACGGGGCGGAUGAUGUCAUCAGCUUCGACGCGCCGCUGAUCGUUCUGCCGCCUCCGCCGCGCAACAGGUCAUCAGCGACGGUCUCCUCGCCGGGCGUCGGCCGCGUGGCCCUGCCGCCCGGCCCCGUGUCGCCGUCCUUCAGCGCCUUCCCCCAGUCGCCCACCGGCAGCUUCGACAUGCCGGCCCUCCCCUCGCCCGGCCUCUCGGACCAGCGGCGGUCCACUAUCACCUCCGGCUUGCCGCCCAAGCCCGCCGAGCCCACGCCCUCCGCCCCGGCCUUUGAUCUCAUCAACUGGUGA